AUGUUCAUGCAGAAGCUAUGGCUGCAGAACUUCGAUUGGGAUGCUACGCUAUCACCGUUGCUUCUUCAAGAGUGGAAUUUGUUUCGAGAUGAACUACAUCAGAUCUCGAAGAUUCAGAUACCUCGCUGGAAUCAUGUAAGAACUGGUGUAUCGAUUGAAUUACAUGGAUUCUCUGACGCUUCUCAACUCGCUAUGGCUGCUGUCGUCUACUUAAAGGUAACUGACGCUACUGGAAGCUCCAAUAUUUCGCUAGUGUGUGCCAAAACACAAGUUGCACCACUGAAACCAAUAUCUAUACCAAGAAUGGAGCUCAAUGCCGCUGUAUUACUCGCUCAACUGGUACUCUACGUGAAGACAGUCUUGAAACUUGAAAAUGUACCAAUCUUCAUGUGGACAGACUCCGCUGUAUCCUUAACGUGGAUACGAAACAACCCCGCUAGAUGGAAAAUCUACAUUCGCAACAGAGUUACCAAGAUUCAAGAAUCGCUACCAAGCGUCAACUGGGAUUUUGUUCCUGGGAAACUUAACCCAGCUGACUGCGCUUCAAGAGGUUUAACAGCAGCCAAACUAGAACAGCAUUCGCUAUGGUGGACGGGACCUAAGUGGCUCAGUCAAUCAAAAGAAAACUGGCCAUUCUUUGACAUCCCUACGCAGACGGUAUCACAUCUUGAAGAACGUCCAGGUCUGGUUUUUACCAUCUACAAGGCAGAUUCACACCCGCUACACACGCUAUUGGAUAAAUUCUCUAAGUUGUCACCACUACUUCGCACGCUUGGAAUCUGCCUUCGUGCCAUCGCUAAAUUUAAAAAAGUGCCACAGUCCACACUGGCCACACCACUCUCUACAGUUGACCUGGAGCUCGCUAAGAUUUUGCUGAUCAAGUAUACGCAAAGUCAGUAUUAUUCGCAAGAGCUGAAACUACUGAAGGAUGGUGAUUCGCUACAUCGAAAUCAUCGUCUCGCUAAAUUGAUUCCCUACGUCGACUACAAUGGAGUACUCAGAGUCGGCGGUCGCUUGAAGAAUUCGCUACUAGAUGAUGAUCAGAAAAAUCCAGCUAUUUUACCAAGAUCAUCACGCUUAAGUACGCUACUCAUAGAACACUCGCAUCAAAAAACAUUCCAUGGGGGAACUUAA